GGCGGCGCGCGCGGCAGGGAACCCGGCCCGGMCACCCCCGCCUCUACCUGCCCCGGCCUGCACGCGCCAGCGGCCCGGGAGCUGCGGAGGCGGGACUUGACAGCCCCCCGCCGGGGCGGGACCUAGCGGGGGCGGGGCCCGCGGUGAUUGGCGCGGGCGUGGGGCCGCCAGUCUGAGCAGGGCUGCAGGGCMGCGCAGGUUUCACUUCGCUCCGCGCAGCCGCUGGGUCUCUAGCUCAUAGUAUCGCGGCUGCGUCCGCGCGCCAACACCGCCGCCGCGGGAUUCCUGCAGCCAGCCUGCGAGCCCUGCCCCAUUGCGGUCAGAACCGCUUCGGGCAGCUAGGUUCGUGCCGUUUCCCGUCUCCACCACCUCGGCGCCCUUCCUUGGCUCUUGUCCCCCCAAUGUCUGACUCUGAUUCUCGGACUGAGAAACGCAAGAAAAAAAGACCAAAUGGCAAAGCAACCUUCCGAUGUAAGUUCUGAGUGUGACAGAGAAGGUGGACAAUUGCAGCCUGCAGAGAGGCCUCCCCAGCUCAGGCCRGGGGCCCCUACCUCCCUUCAGACAGAGCCUCAAGGUAAUCCCGAAGGCGAAGGGGACCGCUGCCCCCACGGCAGCCCACAGGGCCCGCUGGCCCCACCGGCCAGCCCUGGCCCUUUUGCUACCAGAUCCCCGCUUUUCAUCUUUGUGAGAAGAUCUUCCCUGCUGUCUCGAUCCUCCAGUGGGUAUUUCUCUUUUGACACAGACAGGAGCCCAGCACCCAUGAGUUGUGACAAAUCAACACAAACCCCAAGUCCUCCUUGCCAGGCCUUCAACCAUUAUCUGAGUGCAAUGGCUUCCAUGCGGGAGUCUCAGGCAGAACCUGCAGACAUGCGCCCGGAGAUCUGGAUUGCACAGGAGCUGCGGCGAAUCGGAGAUGAGUUUAACCUGUAUUACCCACGGAGGGUAUUUUUUAAUAAUUACCAACCUGAAGACCGCCCCCAAAUGGUUAUCUUGCGCCUGUUGCGUUGCAUCAUCCGCCUGGUGUGGAGGAUGCACUGACGGGGUCUCCCGGAGCCGGACACGCGCGGACUCUUCGCUCCCAGGGAGGGCCAAGCCAAGCCCCGCGUCCCCAACCCCGCUGUGCAGCCAGCCCAGCGUUCUUCCCGCGGCGCGGAGGGCGGGACAGCGCAGAAGACCCUGUGUCCCCGGCGGGUGGACUUGACCUUGCAUCGUGUGGCUCCGCACUGCGCCUGUGCGUGUCUGUGGAAGUUGCUGUGAAUGUAAAUGUGGGAGGAUUCCUUUUUAAUGCAGAAACCGUGGUUCUUGGAGCAGGAUUGUCUGCAGAAGGGUGUUUACAUGUCGUGGCUUUCCCACCUCCUGCAGUAAGAACAGGUUUUUUUUCACAAAGGAAAUGGAAACUUUUUAACCAACUUGUGAAUGAUUUUUUUUUUGUACUAAAAUUUUAAGAACUUAUUCCCUAUCUCAGAGGAUUAUCUAAACCUUGCAGUGGAAACUGAGCCAGCUAGUUUAUAAAGCUGCCUUAGUUUAUUUUUAGAAAAUACUGUACAGAAUUUUUUAACAGGGAGAGGUGUGAUGGGCUCCCUCCUUCCCCUACCGUUGACUUUUGAGAUUUCUUUUUUCUUUUUUUGAUCAUUAAAAUCAAAAGUUGUUCUUAUAAAAUGGAACUGGGCAGGGGGCAAGGGACCUGCUGUCCCUUGGCCGGCCUCACCUGCUUUGUAAAUAUUUGUUUACUUCCUUCAACUCAGCUGCCUCUGCGGCAACAUUUCCGACUAUUUUGGUGUGUCUUUCCCGGUCAGUGGUGAGGCAGCCCCAGUCCAUCUGGAUGCUGAUGUGCAGGUUUGGUUCAAGGCGAARCAUCAUUGGUCAGAGCAGGAGGUGGCACCUGGCCAGUUGGGGGUGCCAUGUUGGUCCCCUUGGUUUACAGGGACUUGUCCUGGAGUGUUCUGGAGAGGGAGAGCCGUCCCAUGGCCAUCCGGCCCAGGGGAGCCACAUGCCAAUAUGCUGCCAGCCUGGCUGCAACUCUGCCUGCUGGCCUCCUCCUGGCCUAUGGUACUGCCUCAGUGCCUGCUCCUUCUAGCCUGCCUUGGAAGAGCAGCUUCAUUCUGUUUUGCACCGCACCCCCGGGCAGAGUCCAGCGUGUCCCCUGAGCCUUCUGAAAGUUUUGCUUUUCCCGUUUUCUUAGGCCAGUUGGGUCGGUGUCGGUGCACCUGGCCUCCACCUCUGAGGGGCGCGCUCUCUGCCUGCCCCUACUGUCCCCUGGGAUCACAGCACAUCUGAAGCCAUCGGUCAGUCAUUUCAGAAGCAGGAAAACCAGGGAGACCCAGGAAAGACCCAAAUGGGGUGGGGCUGCAAACCCUGGGAUUCUUAAAAGUUUCAAAAUCUCAAAUCAUGAAAUAGCUUUUCUAAAAGGAGUGGAUGAGUUUUCCAAAUACAUCAGCAGUGCCAACAGCUCUGGCUCUUGCUUCUGCCAGGUAGAGGACCAGUGUGGUCACAUUAAGUGGAAAAUCAUUCUUCUGUUACUUCCCAGGUUUUUGUGUAUGUGUGUAGAUAUACGUGUACAGACAUAUAUAUACAUAUAUAUACAUAUAUAUAUAUAUAUAUAUAUAUAUAUAUGUUGCCUAUAUGCUUUUUUCUUUAAGUAGAGAUGAUCUGAUUCCAAAUAUUAUUCCUUUUAAAUCUUGAAAGCUGUGUGGGAGCACAGCUUGUCUCCUGAUGUGUCUUGAGCCCCCUGUGGUCACAGGUGCAGCCCACGGUUGCAAGGUGGGGUGGGGAUUGCGGCUGCAACCCUGCUGGACGGACACACACACACACACACACACACACACACACACACACACCAAAGAUGUAUCUGGUUCUGGGCCGCCCGCCUCCCAGGUCUCUGUGCUCAUGUGCCAGUCUCUCGGACCGGAGCACUUUAUGUCUCCUCAGCCCUGUGGCUCCCUGGGACAGGUGCCCAAGGCGGUACCAUCAUGCUUGGUGCUAGCCAGGUUACAGCCUGGCCUCCAGGCUGGCAGGAGCAGCUCGGAGGAGAGGCUUCAGCCUGUGCAUGGCAAAGGCUACCAGGAUGCCAGCACCCGAGCGUGGAGAGAUGGCGGAGUCUCUGUACUGUACUGUUGAUCAAAACGCCUCCCGCAGGAAGUGUGCCUCCCUGCGUGGGCACGCCUUGGCUUCUUAGUUAAUCAUUCUUUAAUU